AUGGUGAAAAAAAAGAAAAAAAACCUUAUGAAGAACAAAGAUAGGAUCAGUGAUUUGCCAGAUGCUCUUUUGCUUCACAUACUCUCUUUUUUGAACAUCAAACAAGCUAUUCACACUUGUAUUCUCUCCCCAAGAUGGAAGAAUCUCUGGAAGUAUAUUCCCACUCUUACAUUAACUUCUUCACAAUUCACCACUGUCGAGAUUUUCACCAAAUUCGUUACUCGGAUCUUGUCUCUUCGCGAUAUCUCAACGGAUCUUCACACUCUAAGAUUUCACCCUAGUAAUGUCAUGAAGCCUAGACUACUCGAAACAAUUCUAAAUUACGCAGUUUCACACAAAGUUCAACAAUUAGAUGUCAAAGUUACAUGUGAUAUUCAAUACUUCCCGACUUGUUUAUUAUCAUGUCGCACAUUAACCUCUCUUGAUCUUAGUUUUAGUCAUCCCAUCGUUUAUAAUACGACCAUAUUAUUUCCUAUUUCUUUGAAUUUGCCACUAUUAACCCGCUUGGAUCUAUCACACUUUUCCUUUAGGGCUGGCAAUGAUGGUUGUGUUGAUCCAUUUUUAGCAUUUACAAAUUUGAAAAGUUUGAAAAUUGUGAAUUGUAAAGUUGCGGGUGCGCAAAACCUUUGCAUUUCAAGUAUCAAACUUCUCAAUUUAGAUAUAUACAUGCGUCAUUAUGUUCGCGAAACAUACUUUGGAAUCAAACUAUAUGCUCCAAGUCUUUGUAAUUUUAAUUUUAGUGGUAUUCCGGUUCAGAAACUCUGUUGGGACAAGAGCAAUCUCUCUUCUAUCAAACAAGUAAGUAUUGAUAUAAUACAAUUUUGUAUAUCAAAGGGGGCUUCAUUAGUUCUAAUUAAAUGGCUGAAUGAACUUGCUAAUAUGGAAUCGUUGACUAUCUCUUCAACCGCUCUAAAGGUACUUUCCUUAGUUCCGAAUUUAUCGGUUGAGCUCCGUUCGUUGUGUAACUUGAAGUCACUCAGGAUAGAAAAAAAAGAAAUUUCAUGGAUACCAGAUAAAAUAGUGGAAGUUUUGAUUCAAAACUCACCUUCACCACAGCUUAACAUUGUACCUGCUAAAAGAGGAGGCAAGGUGGCUGCAGUUUGUACUUCAACGAAAGCGGCAUUGGAGAAAGCAGUAGAUAGUGUUGCCAACAAAAUUAAGGAUGUUUAA